GAACGCGCAUCGCGAGCAGCGCUCCCAUUGUUCAUUUUAGCACAGCGUCUGCGGCUUCGGGGGCGCCACCUGUCCUCCCGCCACCCUGUCCACUGCCGGCUUUUUCUGCGCGACGACAGCCGCACCAGCAAGUCACUCAAACCGCGCCGACCUCGGUGAUUGACCGCACGCUGUGGCGCAAAUCCUCCCACCUCCCACCCGACUUUGUCGCGUCGUCGCCUUGUUCCUGUCGCCCCCGACAUCCUCAUGCCAACGACACUGCAUUGAUCGCGCCGCAACUCGCCAUGGCGGCUCCUCUAUCCCUCACGCCGGCGCAGGCGGAGCUCGUCAGCUCUUUGAGCCAGGACGAGAUACCUAUCAAGCUUCGAUGCGCCAUCUGCAGCAAGCUUGCUAUCAAUGCUUUCAAGCUGCCUUGCUGCGACCAGGCGAUCUGCGAGAGCUGCCAAUCCACACUGCCCACGUCGUGCCCCGUCUGCGAGCAUUCGCCACUGUCAGCGGACGAUUGCAAACCAAACAAGGCUCUCAGGACCACCAUCAAGCUCUUCGUCCGUACCGAGGAAAAGAAGCGCGAGGCGCCCAGGUCCAAGGACACCCAAGAGUCUGCGCCGCCAACCCCCAUCGAUACGAAGCCUGACUCUCAGAGGCCUGCUGCCCCCGCCCCGUUAGCUGGAGGAGUCAACGGCGAUGGACCUGCGCCAUCCGCGAAAUCCGAAACGGCAACCCCGCAAGCCGGGGCUCCCUUUGCAAAGGAGGAGUCCCAGGCAGGCGCGACCGAUAGUGCUGAUGCCCCAGAGCGCAAUGACGCCGACCCCGAGACGAGACCAGCGGCCGGCCAAGACACACAGGCAGCCGAGCCCGAGAAAGAUAACGAAGAGGCAUCGAAAGAAGACUCCAAGGGAGAGGGCGCACAGCCGUCAAAGCAGAGCGCUGAGGACGGAGAGGGGACUACACAAAUGUCGAGUAAUCUCAAUCCUAGCUUCGGGCUCGGGAAUGGAGGGUUCCCAAACAUGAACUUUGGCGGCGCCGAUAUGAAUCAGAUGCAAAUGAUGAUGGCGAUGCAGAACGGCAUGAUGCCAUCUGGAUUUGGCGGCUUCUCAAUGAUGGGCAUGUCCGGCAUGGACCCCAUGAUGUACAUGAACGGUAACUUCGGGCCGCAAGGCGUGGGGAUGCACGGCAUGGGCAUGGGCGGUUUCAACGGUGGCGGCGGCAUGGGCGCCGGCUCUGGAUCCAAUGAUAACUGGCAACAGCAGCAGCAGUCGUGGAAUGGUGGCGGCCAAGAUAAUUUCAGUCAUCCGAAUGCUUCGGGCAUGAGCAAUGGUGAUUAUGGAAACAACUUGAACUCGGCCGGCUUCAACUCUGGCUAUAAUCAGGGUAACUAUGGUCACCAGAACCAAUACACUAAUUACCGCCAGAACAACUUCCACCGUGGUGGCAGAGGCGGCCGAGGCCGAGGGUUUUUCAACAACGGCAACAACGCCGGAUAUGGGUACGGCCGGGGUGGCGGGAACUUCGGCUAUGGCGGAAACGGCUUCGGCAACGGUCCCGCGAACGACGGCUUCCAGAACCACCAGAAUGGUGGCUAUAAUGCGCAGCAGCACUUCUCAGGGCAAGGCUACAGCCAGGGCAUGGGCAUGGGUCAGCAAGACGCAAAUGGCGGGUACCCCGCGGGUCAGAGACGUGACUCUGCUGCUAAGGAGCUGACGGGCUCCGGAGUCGACGAGUUUGGUCGCAACAUACGCCCCGCGAGUCAAAAGCCCGAAGGUGACGGUAGCACCGCUCCGGACGAGGGGACCAACCAAGGAUCUGAGCAGCCGGGCAAAUCCGACAACGGAGAGGGGCAAGGUGGUGGUGACGGCGGAGGGGGCUCUAGCAUGGCCGGUAACGAUGUCUCGGACGCCACUGGCGCCCCCAACGGGUCGGCCGUGGGCGACAACAAAACCUCGGACGGUGUUCUCCGACCUGUUCCCGCUCUAAGUGAUUCUUAUGGCGCGCAGUUCCCGCACCGGCCAGGACCCUCCGCUCCCCAUGUGCCAUUGAAUGCGCCCUCGGGGCCGAAAGCCAUGAGGCAAGGCUUGCCUAACACGAGCCUCCUCCACCUCAAGGCCCGUGGGCUCAUUGGCCCUGAUGAUAGCCCACAAAACCCAAUGAUGGCCAAUGGGCAGGCAAGUCCGGUUGGUUGUGGUGGUGACAAACUGAGGUCCCGUAGCGGGUCACUCGACCCGAGACGGAACACCACUACCGACCAGCAACCGCGGGAUAGCGGUCGUGACAGUAAGGAAGACCGCUACAACAGGAGCCGCCGAUCGUCAAAAGAACGGGACCGAAACCGAGAGCUACGCGACCGUGACUCCCAAGGCGAUGUCACCAACCCGACGGAGGAAAGAGACAACCACCGAGAGCGUGAAAGGAGAGGAGCUCGGUCCAUCUCACGAUCCAGCAAGAGCCGGAGCCGGAGCCGGGACCGCAAGGAGGGUGGCCACAAGCGUAGCAGCAGGCGGCAUCGCUCUGGCUCACCGCCCGCGACGGCCGAUGGCGGGCGCUCCAGUCAUCGGCACGGGCACAAGGACAGUAUCUCAAACGGAUUUGAGGAUGAGCCCAAGUCUGCGAGAUCCCGCGACGGGAAAUUUGACGAUUUGGCCGAGUCAAGACCAGACUCGCGGUCAAGGUCGGCAUCACCUGAUGACUCCCGUCGUUCUGGACACCGCAGCAGCCGCAGAGAGCGAGAUUCCGAUAGGCGAAGGGACCGCGACACCAAGGAUCGUGACCGGGAACGCGACAGGGACCGUGAUAGGGACCGUGAUCGGGAUAGGGACCGAGAUCGAGACCGAGAUCGCGAUAGAGGCGGCCGAGACAGGCAUAAGACGUCGUCCCGGCGGGACCGAGACCACGACAGGGACAAGGGUCGGGAUAGGGCCAAGGACCGGGGCAAAGACCGCGACACCAAAGAUCGUGAGCGUGCCCGGGACCGCGACGGCAAGGGCGAUCGCGAGCGCGGCGACGAGGGUCGGGACAGGGAGCGUGACCGCCACCGCCACCGCGAGAGCCGGUCGGCACCCAGCAGCGCUGUGGAGGCACCGCCGUUGAUGGGCGGCAAAGCGCGCAGCUUCGAGAUCAAGGGCGUCAGCUCCAAAAGCGCGACAGUUGGGAGUGGAGACCGCGACCACGCCUCUCGUCGGGACUCGCAGGUGUCAGCAUCGGGCGCGAAGACGGCGGCACGGGACGUGCACGCCGAGGAGCGCGAGAAGCGGAACCGCGAGAGGCUCAUGAAGGAGGCGCAGAAGCUGGCCGGGCUCGCGGGCGGCGGCAGCAGCGGUAGCAAGCGCAGCCGCGGCGGGGGCGACGAUGGCGGCGACUCGAGCAGCAAGCGGAGCCGGCGCAAGGGACGACGGGGCGAGGUCGUCUCGGUCGGCGACGAGGAGGAUCGCAUGCGGCGGCUCGAGGCGGAGCGCGAGGGGGCACGAUGGAAAUGAUGGCCGCGGUGAGGGCCGGCCCGACCAGCCGGCUCCUUGAAUAAGGAUCUAGGAAGAUUCAAGCAGCUCCACAGCGCUCACCUUUGUACCUGUUGAUAAUACUGCUACAAAGAAUCCUCGAUGUACAUAACCCAAGCUGGCCCAGACUAAGAGGGUCGGUCGGCCGCCAUUGGUGGGAAGUGGCCGCUGUCGACUAUGCAGGUCUCGUUACACUCCCGAAUAAAUCAAUGGUCAUUCACAACAUGCACUUCCUAUUUCUUUCUCUUGUUCCCAUUCCACUUGCCAUUGCUGCCCACCGCUCCUCCGCCGGUGCCUCCUCCCUCCGCCUGGCACAGUUGGUGCCCAGAGAUUAG